AAGCAUCUGCCAUGGAAGGAGACUGAAGUCUUAACGCCGAAACCGGCUGAAGAGCCUGCCAGGCAGUGAGUCACUUACCUGAGAGCCCCACUCCCUCUUUCCCCAUAGCUCCUUCCGGCUGCUUACUCUUGGGAAAUGAAUCCCACGUUGUCGAGAAAGAUGCCUGGGAUUUUCCAGUGCUUAUCUUGUAGCUGGUCCUGUGGUGCCUCCAGAGUCCUUCUCUUUCUGCAAAGGUGCUUCUUGCUGCAUCCUUCUCAUUUCUGGUUUCCCGGGUGAAGAGCUUCACACAGAAGUUAGCAGAGAUAUUGCCUACAACCUAAAAUACAACUUGCUUGUUGAUGUAUUGCUUCCACUGUGGUCUGGCCAAAGUUUGGACACAACACUUCAGCCUCUAGAUUCUGGAUAAGAACAGAAUAUCACACGCUCUGCAUUAAAAGAACAGCAUGACUACAACGGUGAUGUCCAAAGAUGGUGAAGAAAAAAACAUAUCGACCCUUGGUGUCCGUAAUCAAGAAUGCCAUGUGGAUUCCGAAUUCAGGUAUACUCUAUUCACCGCCUACUACAGCAUCAUCUUCAUUCUGGGCUUCCUAUCAAACAGCUAUGUCUUGUGGAUUUUCAGUCGAGUAUACGCUACCAAGAAAUUAAAUGAAAUAAAAAUAUUCAUGGUGAACUUGACCACCGCCGAUCUGCUCUUCCUGGCCACAUUGCCAAUGUGGAUUGUAUACUACCACAACAGGGGGGACUGGAUCAUGCCUGACUUUUUGUGUAAUGUGGGUGGCUACUUGUUUUUUGUCAACACUUAUUGCUCAGUUGCCUUCUUGGGGGUCAUAACAUACAAUCGGUACCAAGCAGUAACUAAGCCCAUUACAGCUGCUCAAUCCACCACACGAAGAAGAGGCAUCUAUGUGACUCUAGCCAUCUGGAUACUGAUAGCUGUCCCAGCCAUAUACUUCCUUGUUGACGAGGGCACCAAUGAAGAGAUAGUUAAUGGACAUUCUUUCAGACGGUGCUUUGAACGCUAUGAUACUGCUGGUGACAUUAAGCCUGUCCUUGGUUUCCAUGUGCUCAUAUGUGUUUGUUUCUUCAUCACCUUCCUGGUGGUCUUGGUGUGCAAUGCAUUCAUUAUCCGGACACUGCUGAUCCAACCAGUGCAGGCCCGGAAGAGUGCCCAUGUCAGGCAACGAGCACUGUGGAUGGUGUGCACUGUUUUGGCUGUGUUUAUCAUUUGCUUUGUGCCCCACCACAUUCUGGACCUGCCUUGGACUCUGAUGGUUCUUCAGGCAUGGAAAAUCAACUGCCAAACCCAACAGCUGGUGAAUGACCUCCAUCAGGUGACCCUGCUCCUCCUAGGUGCAAACUGUGUUCUGGAUCCAGUCAUUUACUGUUUCCUCACCAAGAAGUUUAGGAAGCACCUUUCUGAGAAUUUGAAAAACAUAAAAGACAGUCGCAAGUGUUCCAGGCAAACGACAGAGACGGGAGUGGAGGGCAUGGUUCCCCUGGAAAACUGCAUACAGAACACCAUUAAGCCAUAAAUAUCACUGCCUCCUACACAGCAGGAGAUCUUUUGGCAUGCUCAUUCAGUGCCAAGUAUAGACAGGUGGGCAGCUACUCUAACCAAAUACAUUCAAGUUAUCAGCUCUUCCUUAGAAGUGGCUGUAGGAACUGUGGUACAGUUAGGACCAUUUAUGAGAUGUAGUGUCUCAGGACUAAUGCAGGAACCACGGAGAACCUCCACCAAGUUAUCUGUUACUGUAGUGAAAGGAUGAUAUGGAAGAAGUCUGGGAUUUUAAAAUGAUGAGCGUUAUGUUUGUGCUUUGGAUCAGUAUGCAAUGAGGGUAUGUGCUUGAUAGUUAAUUCCACCCUUUCAUCUGGAAGAUAGUUUAAUCAGUAUCACUUUGGCCAUGUGGUUUAAUUUUUAAUCACUCGGUCAGGAGUUCAGGAGCAGAAGGCACCAUAGCAAAGAGGGAGCACUUCAUUAUUUACUGGCCAAUGGCCACAGGCUCUCAGUCCUAAAAAUCAGCUAU